ACCGGCGUGCUGCAAUCUAGUUUGCAUUCUAGCUUGUAGCAAUGGCUUUCUUUUGCCUGCGUCUUUGCAUAUGUUUUGUGCUGCUCAGUGUUUACGUUGCAUCCGUAAGCGCAUAUGCUGUCAAGGAGCGAUCUAAGAGGCAGUACGUGUGCAAUGGAAGUCUUCGAACCGCGUAUGGGAACUACACUAGAUGCACUUGCGGAGUGCAGUUCCGCAGCGAGACCACAACUUGUUGUCAUAACACGCCGUCCUACAGUGGUUGUAGUAUUGUGAGAUCACGCUCAGAAAGGAGAUCGUGUCUGAUGACUUGUCUGAGCCAUCAGCGACAGCCUGUGCUCCAGUCUGUAAGGCUUGCAGGGUCAUCCUAUCAAGUACAAUGCAGCUGUCCUGCUAGCUACACUUAUGAUCGUCGAACAGGGUGUUGCCAAGGGGCGUGUCAAGGCUGCAGGCCUUACCAGAUAUGUAUCACUAGGAGGGGUGCUCAAAAUAUCGCUUACUGUGAAGACACCUGCAAUGGGUAUCCAUGUAGAUCAGGGCAAGAGUGUUAUCUCACAACCAGUCGAUGUCAACUGGUUGGUGGAGUUCAAAUAUGUCCUCGUGUGGCCAGAUGUCGAGAUGCAAAUCCUUGUUAUCCGCUUCAAUGUCAAUCUUAUCAACGUUGUAGGGUUAUUGGUGACCUUCGAUUCUGUGAAGACUCGUGUGAAGGGUAUACUAGAUGUCAAAACUAUGAGGAGUGCUAUUUGCGUCAGGUACGAUACUGUUCUGCAUCCAACUGUGUAGUUGGUGCUGGAGCUACAUGCAGACUUCGAGCUACUAAACCUGGCAGAUGUCCUGUGAUUCAAGCUAUUCGUUGUUAUACAUAUGUUUCUCAGUGCUAUCGAGAUAAUCAAUGUUCAGGGUCAAGCAAGUGCUGUCAUGAUGGAUGUAGAUUUCAAUGUACUCCUGUUUACGAUGCAAAUAACCCUUGUUCAUCAGUGGUGUGUUUGAGUCACCAAGUGUGCAACAUUUCUAAUAAAAAUGCUUAUUGCCUUGACACAUGUAGAAACAAUGGUCCAUGUGCUAGUUCAAGGGUGUGUCGUCUGGUUGAUCAGAACUGUAACGGUACAUUACCAUGUCCAAAGAGAGCACGAUGUGAAAAACCGGCAUGUGUGGGUGACACACACACAUAUAGAACCAACAGACUAUCUUUCUCUAUUUCCUAUCCUGGACGUAUAACCAGCACAACUUGUGGACGAUUUAACGGUUCUGUGGUCAUCAUAGCAACAAACGGUCAAUGUAUUAAUGUGACAGCAGAUGUCAGAUAUCCAAACCCUAAGGCAGGAGAGACUAUCAAAGUUUAUGAUGGACAAGCACCAAGCAAGCGUUUACGUUUUCAAGGACAAAGUCUUCGAAAUAUAUAUUUUGUAUCAUCAGGUCCAACUAUGACAAUUGAUUUUACAACUCCAGACAUCAGUGCGUCAAUUGGGAUGUAUUUAUUGUUUCGACUGCAAAGUACAUGUCACAUUGCAUAUACUGUCGAUAGAUCUGAAGAGGAUACAACUCCAGAUCCAGUAAUAACAACUGAACCUGUUACCACUACACGAAUCAUUACAACUCCAGUAUUAACAACUGAACCUGUUACCACUGAACAAAUCAUUACAAAUCCAGUAAUAACAACUGAACCUGGUACCAUCACUAAAUCUCAAACAGUCGUAUCAACAUCUGAAUCAUCUUCUACAAACAUGUGUCCUGAUGAUUGCCCAACUCCUAGGAUCGGCUGUACACUGAUAAAGGCAAAUGAGGAUGAUUGUUGUGGCAAAGAAAGUUGUUUUGUGGUCAAUCCAUGAUUAUCCAAUUGCAAGAUGCACUGGUUGUUUGUUGAAGUUACUUAUGUUGUGUUUCUAUAACUCAAAAGUAAGGAACAGUACUGCAGACUAUACACUGUCAUGAAACUUAGUUAGUUAAGAGUAUUAGUACUUGACCUUACCAACGCUGAGGUCUUACGCAGAACGUUUGCUGAUGUGUUUGCAUAUGCAUGUUGACUGGCUUAAUUGUCUAAAUAUUACACCAUGACUAGGCUA